AUGGAAUUGGGGAAGGAGGAGUGGGAGCACAGCCUCAUCUAUAAAGACCACUUAGUCUGCUGCAGAGUCUUUAUGUUGCCUCCUACAGGGCAGGAGGAGUGGGAGCACAGCCUCAUCUAUAAAGACCACUUAGUCUGCUGCAGAGUCUUUGUGUUGCCUCCUACAGGGCAGGAGGAGUGGGAGCACAGCCUCAUCUAUAAAGACCACUUAGUCUGCUGCAGAGUCUUUAUGUUGCCUCCUACAGGGAAGGAGGAGUGGGAGCACAGCCUCAUCUAUAAAGACCACUUAGUCUGCUGCAGAGUCUUUAUGUUGCCUCCUACAGGGCAGGAGGAGUGGGAGCACAGCCUCAUCUAUAAAGACCACUUAGUCUGCUGCAGAGUCUUUAUGUUGCCUCCUACAGGGCAGGAGGAGUGGGAGCACGGCCUCAUCUAUAAAGACCACUUAGUCUGCUGCAGAGUCUUUGUGUUGCCUCCUAUAGGGCAGGAGGAGUGGGAGCACGGCCUCAUCUAUAAAGACCACUUAGUCUUAACGUCUCUUUUAAUGGCUAAUCUAAUCUCCCUCUUGACAGAUGGCUUGGGCACACCCACGUCAUCAGCUGGCAGCUCCACCUGCAAGAGGCUCCAGCAGCACCGGCGCCCAGAGUACCUGAGGACAGAGUUACACCGGCUACAGAGCACCCUGGCUAGGGAGGAGGGGAGGACAGCCUGCCUGACCAACGGAGCAUCUGGAUGUCAUGGGAUGAACAGGCAGAACGGUCACGGUGAUGUCAUAAAGACGAGCAACACCCUGAGACUACAUGUACCACCAGCUGGCUCAUGUGUCUCAGUCAGCCAGCAGCUCUCUCAUCUGGAGACAUCCAGCUCAGAAGCAUACAAACCAUCCCUAAGUUACCAAAACAACCAUUUCAUUUCCUCCUCUCCUACUCCCCCUCAGAGUGACUUCAGGUUGACCCCAGGGUCAAUCCCCCUACAGCCCUGCCUCUUGAGCCCUAACCCCUGGUGUAGUUCUGCUGCCUCUGCAACUCAGUUCUGCCCUCCUAUCUCCAGGACCUGUCCCUCUGGUUCCACUGGCUCCAGGUCACCCCAGUCCCCCCGGCCAACCUGCCACUCCAGGCCACCUCCUUCAGGGGACACUCCCUUCAGCUCCUCUUUCAGCUUCAUCCAACAGUCACUGAGCCUUGAUUCACUGAGCUCCAAUCACAGGACAGAAACAGACACCGCAGCUGGUGAGAGGCCCCCUGGCCUAAACCCAAACCCACAACCACUGAACAGGCGCCCUGACCUAAACCCAAACCCACAACCACUGAACAGGACCCCUGGCCUAAACCCAGACCCACAACCACUGAACAGCCCCCCUGGCCUAAACCCAGACCCACAACCACUGAACAGCUCCCCUGGCCUAAACCCAGACCCACAACCACUGAACAGCUCCCCUGGCCUAAACCCAGACCCACAACCACUGAACAGCUCCCCUGGCCUAAACCCAGACCCACAACCACUGAACAGGCCCCCUGGCCUAAACCCAGACCCACAACCACUGAACAGGCCCCUGGCCUAAACCC